AUGCAGUCCGUCACUUUCCUCCGCGCCGCUGCCCUCCGCAGCUCGGCCCCGAUGCUUCGCGCCUCUGCCGUCCGUCCGGCUCCCCUGAUGGCCGCCCGCGCUGUCGCCAACUUCACUACCACCGUCCCCCGCCGAAGCGAGCACGCCGAGGAGACGUUUGAGGAGUUCACUGCCAGAUUCGAGAAGGAGUUUGAUGGCGUGCAGGACGUUUUCGAGCUUCAGCGCAACCUCAACAACGCCUUCGCCUACGACCUCGUCCCCUCGCCUUCCGUCGUCGCCGCCGCUCUCAAGGCCGCUAGGAGGGUCAACGACUUUGCCACUGCCGUCCGCGUCUUCGAGGGCAUCAAGGCCAAGGUCGAGAACAAGGGCCAGUACGAGCAGUACCUCGCCGAGCUUCAGUCCGUCCGUGAGGAGCUCGGCAUCCCCCUGAAGGAGGAUCUCUACCCUGAGGCCAAGUAA